UUCUGGUGCCCCGCCCCCCUAACGCGGAAGUAGUGGCGGUUUGGGCUCUGCUCCCGCGGCGAGCCCGGUGGAGCUCGGGAGCUUGUUUCCUGCCCGGCUGGGCCAGGUACCGACCCCGCCCCGCGCGCGCCCUCGCUCACAGCCCGGGGGGGGGAGGGGGCGGCUCCGCGGGGCUGGAACGCGCGCCCCUGGUUCUUGGGGGGCGGGGCCCGGCUCGACCCUGGCCAGCCUCAGCUCGCUCCUGCUGGCAGCGCCCCUCGCCGUGGCCCCGGGGCGGCGCUGGCUCGGAUUGGCGGCCCGCGGGUAGCCGGGGAGGAAAGGCCGAGGCCAGCCUCGCAUUCGGCGGCGGCGGCGGCCUGGGCAGAGGGUCGGUCCGGUUCCGGCCUCUGGAGUUGCCCUGUGACUGGCACAAAGACACGCCCCGAUGCCAUCGCAGCAGACUCGUAGGGAACAAGUGGCCACGGCCCUGCUGAGGCGGGAUGUGCUGAUCGGCACGGCGGUCGCCCUCAGACUCGCUCUGGUCUUUUACGGAGUCUAUCAAGACAGGACCAUGCUGGUGAAAUAUACGGACAUCGACUACCACGUGUUCACAGAUGCCGCCAGAUUCGUAACAGAGGGGAGCUCCCCAUACCAAAGAGCGACCUACCGCUACACCCCUCUGCUGGGCUGGAUCUUAACUCCAAACAUCUACCUUACUCCUCUUUAUGGAAAGCUGCUUUUCAUUACUGGUGAUAUAACGGCUGCAUACCUCAUAUACCAGAUCCUGCUGCUCAGAGGAGUGGACUCCAGCAAAGCCUUCGGGUACUGUGCUUUCUGGCUUCUCAAUCCUCUACCAAUGGCUGUGUCCAGCAGAGGAAAUGCAGAGUCUCUUGUAGCAGUACUUGUGCUUGCCACCAUGUAUUACAUAGAAAAAGGAAACCUAGCGAAAUCUGCUAUACUCUAUGGCUUUUCAGUGCAUAUGAAAAUUUACCCAGUGACUUAUGCCCUGCCAGUAGUCCUUCAUCUGCAGAAUGAUGGAUACUGUGGGAAAGGGACAACAGAUACUAUCCAUUUAAAAAAAUCAAAGUUUUCUUUUGUGGGCCAAUUCUGGCAGCUUUUUUUAAGGCUGCUGAACCGUGAUGUAUUGCUUUUUGUGGCAGUUAGUGGAUUUACAUUUGCAGCCUUGAGCCUUUCAUUUUAUUACCUCUAUGGUUGGGAGUUUUUGGAACAUACCUACCUCUACCAUUUGACCAGGAGGGAUAUCCGUCAUAACUUCUCCCCCUAUUUCUACAUGCUGUAUUUGACUGCCGAGAGUGAAUGGAGUUUUGCCCUUGGGCUUGCAGCUUUCCUGCCACAGCUGCUCCUUCUUCUAGUUGUGUCCUUAGCCUAUUACAAAGACCUUGUCUUUUGUUGUUUCUUACAUACUGCUAUUUUUGUAAGUUUUAACAAAGUGUGUACAUCCCAAUAUUUUCUUUGGUACCUCUGCCUCUUGCCCCUUGUAAUGCCUGUUGUGAGACUGUCCUGGCAGCGGGGUGUUCUGCUUCUCCUUCUGUGGUUUCUUGGACAGGCACUGUGGUUGGCACCUGCAUAUUUUCUGGAGUUUAAAGGAAAGAAUACCUUUUUACUUAUAUGGCUGGCAGGUUUGCUUUUCCUUUUUAUUAAUUGCUUCAUCCUUGUUCAGAUUAUUUCUCAUUAUCAAAAAGGAGCACAAGUAGCCAAGAAACUCAAAUGUCAGUAAUAUGCACGUCGGUAUGUGUGCCAAAUCCUACAAGUAAUCCCAUUGACUUUAAUGAGAUUGCUCAAAUGAGCAGGACUUGGCCUAAUAUCAGUAAUGCAAUUGUAUGUACACAGUACUAAAACACCUUCUCUAUAAAAGCCUUUUCCAAUGUCAUGUGACUUUUUUGUUUUUGGGUGGGAGAGUGGGAUUAAGUGUUUGGGGACUUCACCACCACCACCACAGCUGGGAGAUGGCCUCCCAGCCCUGGUAGACAGAUGUGUACAUGCUAAAGUAACAGUGUAAACAUGGCAGCACAGGCAGCAGCCUAAACUAGCUGCCAGAAUAUGAGUCUGCCUGAUCUCCCUGGGUGAGAGCUCAGGUGGCUUACCCAGUACUGCAACCUCCAUGCUAUUUUUAGCAUGCUGGGUUGAGUCUGGCUCCCUGGGCUGGAAGCAUGUGUCCAGCUGCAGCAUAGGCAAACCCAGUUUGGUCUCAGUUUUGAGUAAACUCAGUAUUGGGUAGACCUCAUAAGGUUGCGGAGAAGGGCUAUUAUAGUUCUGAUGAUAUCUUGUCAUACUCUGUUUUUUGUUAGGUUCAUGGAGAACAAAUAUAACUUAGUGAUCAGUUA